AUGGAGGGGGGCCCGGCGGAUCCAGUGUCGGAAUGGGCCGCUCCUGGUGGCGAAACCGGGCUCGAAGAGCCCAUGUGGCAGUUGGGUCUAGAGGGUGGGCCGGAAUCGUACCCCGAGAGGCCGGACGAGCCCGAUUGUAGCCACUAUUUGAGGACUGGUUUCUGUGGAUAUGGCGCUCGUUGCCGGUUCAAUCAUCCUCGAGACCGAAGCGCGGCAAUGGGAACUUUGAGAGCCACCGGCGGCGAGUACCCAGAACGCGUUGGACAACCAAUCUGCAGGUACUAUAUGAGAACGGGAAUGUGUAAAUUUGGUGCUUCCUGCAAGUAUCACCAUCCAAAACAGGGAAUUGGAUUUUCAGACUCAGUGACCUUGAAUUAUUAUGGAUAUCCGUUGCGACCGGGUGAAAAAGAAUGUUCAUAUUAUGUUAAAACAGGACAAUGCAAGUUUGGGGCAACCUGUAAAUAUCAUCAUCCUCUGCCACCUGUAAUGCAAGUGCCUGCACCAGUACCUGGUCCGGGACCUUUGCCUGCACCUGCACCCGCAAUGUAUCCAGCAAUGCAAUCAUUAUCCAUACAAACUCCCCAGCAAUAUGGAGUAUUUUCUGGCAACUGGCCAGUUGCCAGGCCAGCUAUGCUUCCAGGUUCAUAUGUCCAGGGAACUUAUAGUCCCAUUCUACUUCCUCCAGGGGUCAUUCCUGUUCCUGGUUGGACUCCGUAUCAGGCACCCGCUAGUUCUGCAGCUUCCCCAAGUACUCAACCUACUGCUGGAGCAGGCCCGGUAUAUGGGAUAACACAGUUAUCUCCUUCAGCAGCUGCAUACACAGGACCAUAUCUAUCCAUAACCUCUUCUGCUGGUCCUUCAGGCAGCAGUCAGAAGGAGCAAGCAUUUCCAGAAAGACCUGGCCAACCAGAAUGCCAAUAUUAUUUGAAGACGGGGAAUUGUAAAUAUGGUUCUACAUGUAAGUAUCAUCAUCCACCAGAGGGGAGUGCACUAAAGACAAAUUUUGGGCUUAGUCCAAUGGGUCUGCCCUUGCGCCCGGGUGCACCACUUUGCUCUCAUUAUGCACAAACUGGAGAAUGCAAAUUCGGGCCAUCAUGCAAAUUUGAUCACCCAAUGAGAACAUUGAGUUACAGUCCAUCUGCGUCCUCUCUUACUGAUAUGCCUGUCGCUCCUUAUCCUGUGGGAUCCACACAUGCAACUUUGGCUCCAUCGUCCUCGUCAUCAGACUUGAGGCCCGAUCUUAUUUCUGGAUUUGGCAGAGACACCUUUUCAACCCAAAUGUCUUCUAUGAACAGUUCAAGUGCUUCAGUUGGUUCAAUAUUUUCACCAAGCGGGCACAUUCCUCUAUCCAGUGGUCAACAGUCAGGACAGGGUUCUACCUUUUCAAGCGCCAGCAGCAGCAUAGGCCAAGGAGAACGAAAAAGAUAUAAGCCUCACUGUUCUCUGCCACUGGAUUUCUCGAUUACCUCUAUUCUCGUUCCCUCUUUUGGAACAAGCUUCCAUAUUGUCUAG